UACACACAGGCCGGCUGUUGAGGAAACACGCAACAUUGUGAUUGAAAUUCUAUCGUUAAAUUAAAUAGUACUGCACUUUUGACAUCAUGGAUACGAAGAAUGUGUUAAGUAGAUUACGCCAGUUCGAUGCAUAUCCUAAAACUUUGGAUGAUUUUAGGGUUAAGACAUUUGGUGGAGCAGCAGUUACCAUCAUCAGUGCCAUUCUAAUGACAGUGCUGUUUAUGUCAGAACUCAACUAUUACUUGACAAAAGAGGUUAUUCCAGAAUUGUUUGUCGACAACACAAGAGGAGAAAAACUCAGAAUAAAUAUGGAUAUUAUUUUUCCUAGGAUGCCUUGUGCCUUUCUUAGCCUAGAUGCAAUGGAUGUUUCGGGGGAGCAUCAACUCGACGUAGAUCUCAACAUUUACAGACAGAGGAUAAACGCUAAGGGGGAACCCAUCGAUGAUAAAGUACAGCCGGUCAAACUGGGUGAAGAAGAUCCGGACGCUGCCAAGGAACUUAUAAAGCUUGCCAAGAAGGAUGAGUUAGACCCAAAGAGAUGUGAAAGCUGUUACGGAGCAGAGUCAAAAGAACUAAAAUGUUGCAAUACGUGCGAGGAUGUGCGGGAAGCGUACAGGAAAAAGGGCUGGGCGUUUAGUACUGCCACCGAGAUCGCUCAGUGUCAACGAGAAGGCUGGAGUGAUAAGAUGGACUCACAGAAAGGAGAAGGGUGCCAGAUGUAUGGCUACCUGGAAGUUAACAAGGUUGCUGGGAAUUUUCAUUUUGCACCAGGCAAGAGUUUCCAACAGCAUCACGUCCACGUCCACGACUUGCAGCCUUUCAGCGGAGAUAAAUUCAAUAUGACACAUCACAUUAAUCAUAUGUCGUUUGGAAUGGAGUAUCCUGGUAUGGAAAACCCAUUGGACAACACUGUUGUUACAGACCGUAGAGGCUCCACCAUGUACCAGUAUUUCGUGAAGGUAGUGCCUACGACGUACAUCAACGUAAAUGGUCUGGCCACCAGGUCUAACCAGUAUUCCAUCACGAAGCAUGAGAAACAAGUCUCCAUUAUGAACCUGAGCGGGGAGCAGGGACUGCCUGGUAUCUUUGUUCUGUAUGAGCUGUCGCCGCUUAUGGUCAAAUUCACCGAAAAACACAGAUCAUUCAUGCAUUUCUUAACUGGAGUGUGUGCCAUAAUCGGAGGAGUCUUCACGGUUGCCGGUCUGAUCGAUUCUUUAAUCUACCACUCUGCAAGAGCAAUACAAAAGAAGAUUGACCUGGGCAAGGCAUUAUAACAUUGGCUGCUAGUCUGUAUGUACAUGUCGAUAUCUACCAACAUUUGAUACAACAUGCUCAAAUUGAGAUCUCAACACAAAGAAAUCUUUGUUCGUCUAGCUCCUAAAACAAACAGUUUAUUUAAGUGCCUUGCUCAGCCACUAGAGCCCAAUUUCAUGGCUCUGCUUACCGUAAGCAAAGAAUCGGCGCUUGCCGAAGCAGGUAAUUCUGCACUUACAUGAAGUGCAAUUCCCAAGUUAGCAGCGACUUUUGACUUGUGCGCACGUGCGUACUUCCUGUUACUAGGCCUUUUCACUUACAUAGCUAGCGCAGAAAUUCUGCGCUUGCACAUUAAGUUGAGAAUGGUGAUUGCAAAAUUUGGCGGUAAGCAGAGCCAUGAAAUUGGGCCCAGAACUUGAGUCUGCCCUGCACAACAUGCCAUAUCUUGUUAUGAUCAAACUUGUUUCUAUUUAUGGUGAUUGAUACAAUUUGUCACACUCAUUACCGGUGAGCUCCAAUCAUGAACACAAUAAUUUGUGUGUUUUUUUUGUUUUUUGCAAGGCUUCUUAAGUCUUUAUUUCAAAAGAUUGUGGAUAAAUUUGAUAAAGUAAACGAUUGUUUUUGUUUUGAUUUUUCUCUCUUCUGUUGUUAUAUUUUAUCUGAUACUAUUAUUACACCGAUUAUGAAACUGGAGAAUUGGAAACACUAGGUGGCAGCAGACAUACCAGGUAACUUUCCAUUUUUUUUUGCCAUACUACUGCAUAUUUGCCAAGAACAAUAGAUUCACCUGGAAGUCUGCCGCCACCUAGUGUCGCCGAAAAUCUCCAGAUUGCAUGCUGCAUGGAACAUGCGCAUGUUAGAUUUUUUUUAUGUGUAUUAAGGUUUUGCCAUCAGGGCCCAAUUUCAUAGAGCUGCUUAGCACAAAAAUUUG